CGCCUUGGCAGUAGAUCCGACACUUCCCAUCCAAUUCCGCGAGCACCCGAUCAUCAAAACCAAACUGCGCAUCGAUUUUUCAAUCAAUCCCGGUCGAAUUUUGGCCUUGCAAGCCCAAUCGAUCGCCCGUCUAGCCAAGCCAAGAAUUCGAGUUCAGGAUGGGCAACUGUUUCCACACAACGCAUGGUCGUCGCGGCGUCGACGCCGUGCAUUGCGCCAAGAAGAGCUCGGUGCCGGUGGAGGGGGAGGAGGAGAAGAAAGCUACUCCGCCCGUGAAGGAGGUGAAGAUCAGGAUCACGAGGAAGCAGCUGGAGGAGCUUCUGCGGCGCCUCGACCAGGAGGAUGGCUGCAGCGGCGCCGUCAUCUCGGAGCUACUCUGCAUGACGAGCAGCUCCAGUUUCCGGCAUAGGGGGCAGGCCGCUCAGUGGACGCCGGCGCUGCAGAGCAUACCGGAGUGAGAAGUCAUCCUCCUGCCGCUACCACAUAUAUGUAUUGCUUUUUUUUUUUUGAGGGAGCUACAUAUAUAUUGCUAGCUAUACGGGCAGUAUAUUUAGUUAGUCGGCUGCUGCUGUGCUAGUGUUGUGUAUUAUUAUUGCCGGUCCUGCUCGGAACGCACAAAUUGCGACGAUCCUUCAUUCCUGGUACGUAGGUCUGAGAAUAGAUGAGCUUAAGAUAAUCUAUGUAAUUAGAAGAAAUGAACUCGUUGUGCAUUUUA